AUGACUUCGACCCACUACGCAUUCAACAAUGACCGCAUCCGCGACAAUGAGGACAAGGUAUUGCUGGAGCGCAUUAAUGAGUACUUUGGGGCCUUUUCCGUUGCCGAUGCCGACAAAAUGAACAGUAUGGUGGCUGAUGAUUAUCACAUGACCGACAUCCCCCUCGCUAUUGUUAGGGCACCUAAAGAGGCUUGGUACGGGGCGAACAAGGGAUUUGGCGGUCUUAUGACGAAUAUCUCAGUUGAGGCCAUUUCACUUCACGGAAGUUCCGAGCCCGGCUCAUUUGCGGUCAUGGAAAACGUGGUACGGUUCACUUUGGCCGUUGAUCCUCCCGAGGGAGCCAAGCCCAACCUUCCUCCUGGAAUUAAGAAGGGCGAUUCCACGGGUAUGAUCAUGCUAUCUACGAUAUGGUGGAACAGUGAAGGGAAAAUUUCCCGCGAACUUGAGUAUGGCAAGCUGCUGUGGGAGGGCUUUGAUACCAAUGAGUUCAACGUAUGGUGA